AAGGCUAGCCUUUUUGCCAAUUCAAAAAAAAAAAAGAAGGAAAAGAAAAGAAAAGAAAAGAAAAGAAAGGAAAAAACGGCCGAUUAAAUUAAUACUCGAAAUCGCACUUUCCCGCAUAUAUUAAUAGCUCCUCCUCACUGGUAACCCCAUCCCCUCCUCAAAGUCCUCAUUCAAAGGAGCCAAACACACACCACGGAGAGAGAGAGAGGGGGAGGGAGAAAGAGUUUAUAGAGAGUUGCAAUUAAGGAGAGCUAGAGAAACAGAGAGCUCUCUAAAGCUCCUCUCUCUCUCUCUGUCUCCAUCUCUCUCUGUUUUUGCCUCCCUGUAGAAGCAGAGCACCAUUCGUGAACCCCGCAAAAGGGCAACAUCUCUGAAGCGCGAAUCGACGAAACCCAGCAAGCAAAAAGAGUCCACCUUUGCGCCCAAUUCGAAUACUCCGCCUAUUGCAGCAGCAGCAGCUGCUGCUGCUGUGUGCAACAACACGACCUUCCCCGCCGCGUCCAUGGCGAACCCGGAGAAAGCCCAACUCCCCUCCAACCUGUACGUGGCCCUGGUCCCCUUCCCCGACGCUGCCCCGCUGAAGCCGCCAAGCUUCCCCACGCUGUCGGAGACGCUGGGGGAGGUGGCGUCCCUGUUCCGGCUCUCGCUCCCCAUUGCGGUGACGGCGCUGCUGCUCUACUCGCGCUCCGUGGUGUCGAUGGUGUUCCUCGGGACCCUCGGCGAGCUCCCGCUCGCGGCGGGCUCGCUGGCCAUCGCCUUCGCGAACAUCACGGGCUACUCGGUGCUCUCCGGGCUGGCCCUGGGCAUGGAGCCGCUGUGCUCGCAGGCGUUCGGGGCGAACCAGCCCAGGCUCCUGGCCCUCACCCUCCACCGCUCCGUGCUCUUCCUCCUCUGCUCCGCGCUGCCCAUCGCCCUGCUCUGGCUCCACACGGCCCAGAUCCUCCGCCUGCUGGGGCAGGACCCGGACAUCGCCCGCCUCGCCCAGAGCUACCUCCGCUUCUCCCUCCCGGACCUCCUCUCCUUCUCGCUCAUCCACCCCGUCCGCAUCUACCUCCGCUCCCAGGGGAUCACGGCGCCCGUCACCGCCGCCGCCGCCGCCGCCGCCGCGCUCCACGUCCCGGCCAACCUGCUCCUCGUGCGCCGGCUCUCACUCGGCGCCCCCGGGGUCGCCGCCGCCGCCGCCGCCUCCAACCUGGCCCUGCUUCUCUUCCUCCUCUGCUCCCUCCGCCGCGACCCGGCCCUGCAGCGCCGGGGCGGGGGCUGGGGCUGGGGCGAGCGCCUCUCCGGGUGGGGGCCCCUGGCGCGGCUGGCGGGGCCGAGCUGCGUGUCGGUGUGCCUCGAGUGGUGGUGGUACGAGCUGAUGAUCCUCCUCUGCGGCCUCCUCCCGGACCCCAAGCCCACCGUGGCCGCCAUGGGCGUGCUCAUCCAGACCACGGCGCUCGUCUACGUCUUCCCCUCCUCGCUCGGCUUCGGCGUGUCCACGCGCGUCGGCAACGAGCUCGGCGCCAACCGCCCCGCGCGCGCGCGCGCCGCCGCCGCCACGGGGCUCGCGUGCGGCUUCGCCGCGGGGCUCGCCGCCAUGGCCUUCGCCCUCGCCGUCCGCGCCCGCUGGGCCCGCAUGUUCACCGACGACGCCGACAUCCUGCGCCUCACGGCCGCCGCGCUCCCCAUCGUCGGGCUGUGCGAGCUCGGCAACUGCCCCCAGACCGUGGGCUGCGGCGUCCUCCGCGGCACCGCGCGCCCGGCCCACGCCGCCCAAGUCAACCUCGGCGCCUUCUACCUCGUGGGCGCCCCCGUCGCCGUGGGCCUGGGCUUCGGCCUCGGCGUGGGCUUCUGCGGCCUCUGGAUGGGCCUGCUCGCGGCCCAGGUCUGCUGCGCCGGCCUCAUGCUCUACGUCGUCUGGACCACCGCGCAGGCGCGCCGGGCCCAGCUGCUCACGUCCGCGCCCGCCCCCGCCCCCGCCCCCGCCCCGGACGUCGAGAAGGCCGGGGCGAUGCUGAUUGGCCCGGAGCCCCAGGAGGGAGGAGACAAGGUGAGCUGCUACCAGCCGCUGAUCUCGAUCAGGACGGUGGUGGAGAUCGAGAGAGGAUGAUGAUGAUUUGUAAUAAUGUAAUGUAACCUAUCUACGACACUCUGCUGCGCUCUUACCGCGUGGAACGAUAUGAGAGACCAAGAGCGAGAGCGAGAUUUUUUUUUUUUUUUAUUUUUCUAUUUUUUUUUUCUCCUAGCUUGUUUUUAAAUUUGAUGGGGGAUUAUUGAUGAGGGUGACUUAAUUACAAGGAAUUAUUACUUAAUUCACAUGGUUUGGGGUUUUCCCUUUUUUUUCUUUUUAAUUUGACUCGAGUAAUUCAAAAGUUCA